UUUUAAACAGCUUUAUUGAGGUAUAAUGGAGCUACAAUAAACUGCACAUAUUUGAAGUAUACAAUUUGAUACAUUUUGACAUGUGUAUUCCCCCAUGAAAUCAUCACCACAAUCAAGAUAGUGAACAUAUUCACCAUUCCUAAAAGCUUCCUGUUACCCUGUGUGAUCUCUCCCUUCCCUUCUCUCCCCUCCCCUUCUCCCCAAACCAAUUAUCUGUUUUCUGAGCAGUAUGAUUUUUGUAAAAAGAAAAAAAAUGUGUAUAGACAGAGAGUAGAUAGAUGCUUAAAACAGUGUAGAGGACAAUGAUGGGAAAUUUUGAAAUUUUUUUUGUUUAUGUGUUUGUGAAAUUGUAUGACAAAUACAAAUUGCUUUUGUAACAACAAGAAGUUAUUAAGGUUAUUAAAAGCUGCCACAGAUAACCCACAAAUUGAAUAUACUGCAUAGGUGUUUGAUAAAUGCCUGUUGGAUACUUGCUAGAGGCGUGGAGUUGGCUGCAAGUGUUUUCAGCUGUGGUGGUGAUAAAUAUGAUGGCUGAGGGGUACUGACUGGAGGGGUGACUGCUCUAGUGAUGAUGGCCUUAGGUGUGCUGAUGGCUGUAGGAGUGAUGGUUGCAGGGCUGAUGGCUGCACGGAUGUGAUGAUGGUUGUAGGAGCAAUGACUGUAGGGAUGAUGGUUAUAGGGGUGAGAGGGUCAUGGGUGUGGUUGGCUGUAAUGUCCAGAAGGGUGAAGGCUAUGAGGAUGAUGGCUGGAAGGGUGAUAGCAGCAAUGGUGGUGACUGUAGAGGUGAUGGCUGAAGGAUAUCAACUGUAGAGGUGAUUACCGUAGUGACGAUGGCUAUAGGUGUGCUGAUGGCAGCAGGGAUGGCUGCAGGCCUGAUGGAUGUAGGGGUGAUGGCUGUAUGGUGAUGGCUAUUGAUAGGAGUGAUGGUAGCAGUGGUGAUGGUCACAGGGGUGAUGGUAGUGGUAGUGAUGGCAGUGAUGACCUUGAAGAUGUGAGUUGACCAGGAGCAUUGAUCCAACAGGCAGCCAGAUGGUCCAACUUCUGGUUUCUGGAUUCUGGUCAGUGAGAUAAAGGGCUUGAGUACGCCAUAUAAUGUCGAGCUGAUUGUCCACCUCUAGGAAGAUGGAGCAGAAGGACUGAUGAUGAUCGACAUGAGACAACAUGGUAGGGACUUUCUCUGACUGUUCAACCCAAGAGCCGUCUGCAUCAGAAUCUCUGGAGACUGAAGCUUGGACUUCCUUCCUCCCUAGGGGCCGGCAGGGGCUGCGAUUGCUGUAAGAGUAGGUCACGUGGCAGGGCUUCCUGUAUGCUGCUGCCGCCCGGUGUCCAUGGCCCGCACCCCCAAGCUGCCACUGCAGCAGGCAGAGUGGCAGCUGAAGGCUCGGUUCAUGCCGUGCCCCCGGGCAGUUCUGGCGAGGCUAAGCAAGAGGCCUCUGCAUCUUGACACCUAGGAGAGCAGGGACGGAGUCUCCCAGGGUGGAGGACCAUGCUGCGCCGCAAGCCCUCCAAUGCCAGUGAGAAGGAGCCCACUCAGAAGAAAAAGCUCUCCCUUCAGCGCUCCAGCAGCUUCAAGGAUUUUGCCAAAUCCAAACCCAGCUCCCCCGUGGUGAGCGAGAAGGAGUUUAAUCUGGAUGAUAACAUUCCAGAAGAUGACUCAGGUGUCCCCACCCCAGAGGAUGCUGGGAAGAGUGGCAAAAAGCUGGGGAAGAAGUGGAGGGCAGUGAUUUCCCGAACCAUGAACAGGAAGAUGGGCAAGAUGAUGGUGAAGGCCCUGUCAGAAGAGAUGGGAGACACUCUGGAGGAGGGCUCUGCCUCCCCGACAUCUCCAGACUACAGCCUGGACAGCCCUGGCCCUGAGAAGAUGGCGCUGGCCUUUUCUGAGCAAGAGGAGCAUGAACUUCCGGUGCUCAGUCGCCAGGCAUCAACAGGCAGUGAGCUCUGCAGCCCCAGCCCAGGUUCUGGCAGCUUCGGGGAGGAACCACCUGCCCCCCAGUACACAGGGCCUUUCUGUGGCCGGGCACGAGUCCACACCGACUUCACUCCCAGCCCCUAUGACCACGACUCGCUGAAACUGCAGAAAGGAGAUGUGAUCCAGAUCAUUGAAAAGCCACCUGUGGGCACGUGGCUGGGCCUACUCAAUGGCAAGGUGGGCUCUUUCAAAUUCAUCUAUGUGGAUGUGCUGCCCGAGGAGGCCGUGGGGCAUGCCCGCCCCAGCCGCCGACAGAGCAAGGGCAAGAGGCCCAAGCCUAAGACCCUGCAUGAGCUGCUGGAGCGCAUCGGCCUGGAGGAGCACACGUCCACCCUCCUGCUCAAUGGCUACCAGACACUGGAGGACUUCAAAGAGCUGCGAGAAACACACCUCAAUGAGCUGAACAUUAUGGACCCACAGCACCGGGCCAAGCUGCUCACGGCCGCCGAGCUGCUGCUGGACUAUGACACUGGCAGUGAGGAAGCUGAAGAGGGCGCCGAGAGCAGCCAGGAGCCAGUGGCACACACAGUGUCGGAACCCAAGAUGGACAUCCCGCGCGACUCAGGCUGCUUUGAGGGCUCAGAGAGCGGGCGCGAUGAGGCAGAGCUGGCAGGCACUGAGGAGCAGCUGCAAGGCCUCUCCCUGGCCGGGGCACCUUGAGGUGGCAGUGGCAAUAGGCCAAGGCUGGGACCCAGCUGCAAAGGCUGUAGGAGUGGGCCCAGCCUCCCGUGGUGGCCCAGGCCCUGAGGACUGGCACUGAGCCUGGCCCUGCUUCCCCACGGACACUUAGGGCCGCAGAGGCCAGGCCAGGGCCCUACAGGUUCCAGGCUCAGCUGGAGUGGUUGGGGAGUCGCCCAAGGGCACAUCCCACCUGCCUGAGCCCCACCCUCCACCAGCGACUGACAGUGCAGCCCCUCCUGGCACCAACUGCUCCCCCGCCAUGGCCACGGCCACAGCAAGCGGGGCACUGGGAGACCCUGCCCAUGUCCCUCACCAACAAGGCCUCCAAAUCCUCCUCACCCCCACACAACCUACCCCUGUCGCACUGCUCCUGAAAAAGGGGCCAAGUCAGUGUUUCAGGUCAGUCUAAAAACCCUAGGGAAGCUGGCCAUUUAAAAGAACCCAAACUGACCAUGGGUAAAUCCAGUUCCCCUAAAUAAGGCCUGAAGAAAUCCACAGGUACCAUUCCCACUUUCCUUCUCCUUAGCUUUCUUAGAGGUUUGGCCACUAAAUCUUAUGAGACUUGAACCAAGUGGCUUCCUCUUUCUAGGCUUAGGACUGUUGGGUUAGAAUGGGUGAUCACUGAAGGCCUUGCCUGCUCUGACAUUCUGUGACAUUAAAUGUCUAUUCUCCUGUUACCUGUGGCCUGGGACACCAGUGGGGUUUAUCGAGGGGACCAGAGGGGCUUCAGGCUUUCAGAUGAAAUGGCUCCUCCUACUCACCCACUUUAUUCCUCCCCAUGUAACUCAGGACAAGCUGCAACUUCCCCCAGCUUAACACAAUGCCCAUACCUCAUACGACACUCGCCCUCCCGUUCCAUCCCUGGCCCCCUCAAACAAGACUUCUCACAAGGCUGAUUGCAGAUGGUCAAACCUGGCUUCCAAGGACAGAAUUGCUUCUCGGAAGCCAGCUGCGGAUCUGAGUCCAGAGCUGGCCACUUGUGUGGGUCCUCACAAGCAAAGAGAGCACUAAACUUGACAUUGGGGGUCCACCACUCCAACUUUGCUUUCUGAAGGUUUUGGUGUACAUUGAGCCCCAGAAGGAAAGGAGAAUAUCUGUGAGUGGGGGCCUCCCUUGACCCCAGUACCAAGUCUGUGCCCUGAAUCCCCAGAGUAGCCCUUCCCUGGUGCCCAACUGGCCUGGGGACAAACAGCGUCCACUACAUCUAGGACUGCCGGCUAAGUGGACACACGUCUUGACCUCCUACCAGGAACUUUGGUAAAAGCUAGCUUUGGGGAAGGGGUUGGGUGUAAAUAUGAGAGGGUGGAGGGAGACCAGCUGGUAGCAAUAAACAUGGGUAGAACUAAA